GAAUCCAUCGGUCGUAGAAUUGGGACGCCUUUGGAGAAUCUUCUUCUUCUUGUUCCACAGCUAUAUAAUAUUCAAAACCUUCUCCAAAUCCCGCGGUCUAAAAUCUUGAGCAUUCAUCUCUCUACGUUCUUGCCGUUUCUUCUCUUGUCCAUUAUCGUUCUACCAGGCCUGCUUGAAUUCUGUUGAAGAUUAACUAAUCACAUUCAUUUAUUCAAAUUCUUAAUUUAUUCGGAUUAUGGCUGAGGAAAGUUACAAGGUCACAUUGAAUGUAUAUGACCUAAGCCAGGGUCUAGCACGUCAACUCUCGACAACAUUUUUGGGGAAGGCCAUUGAAGGAAUUUGGCAUACUGGAAUUGUGGUCUAUGGCAAUGAAUACUAUUUUGGAGGUGGCAUACAGCAUUGUAGUGCAGGGACAACACCAUAUGGGAAUCCAGUUAAUGUUGUAGAGUUAGGUGUUACUCACGUUCCCAAGGAUGUUUUCGAAAUGUAUUUGCAGGAGAUUAGUCCUCGCUAUACGGCAGAAACUUACAGUUUGCUAACCCAUAACUGUAACAACUUCAGCAAUGAGGUUACUCAAUUUUUAGUUGGUGCUACCAUACCAGAGUACAUCUUGAACCUUCCUAGUGAAGUUAUGAAUAGUCCGAUGGGUGCCUUGAUCAUGCCAAUGAUACAGCAAUUGGAGACAACAUUGAGAUCGGGUGCAGUUCCUCAGACUCCUCAAUUCCAGCCGUCUGCAGUGGCUAUGCGAACAACAACAACAACGACAAGCAGUGCCAGCACCGUGAAGUCAUCUGAUGCAAAGGAUAAAAAUGUUGUUGCAAAUGAAGAGAAACCUGUAAAGUCUGCUACCAAGGAAGAUGAAGACAAUUCUGAGAAGGAGAAGAACAAAGUGGGGGAUCCCCUUGGGAAUGCAAGGAACAAGGUGCAAGAGGAAAUUAUGGAGGAGUUUGCUGCGAUUAUGGCGAGUGGGACUUUACGUGCUAGCGAGGCUGCGGCUUUGGCAACUAGGAGGGUCAUGUCUAGAUAUAGCAACUCAAAUGUUGUCCAAAGCUAGGGCUAGGGCUACAUACAUAAUUCUUUUUAUGACUUUCAUUUCUUAUCUACUACUUGCUAAGACUGUGACUUUGUGCUAUUAUUCAUGACAGCUGACUGAUUCUAAUAUAGCUAGCUAGUCAUGAAUGAAUGUCUCUUUCAUUGGUAAUGUAAUGCAUCAUUGAAGAAUCUUGUUUGGUUUAAAGAAAUUUAAAUUUAAUAUUGUUUUAAUCUUCA